CUCAGCUUUCGGUCGGUUGAAUCGUGAGUCUUGGUCGGUUCAUCCCAAGCAGCCAGCCUCGGAAAAAAGGGUUCGGAGCCCUUGGAUCUACAGACGCUCCCUUCCGGUAAUGGCGGCUGGACAUCCUGCCAUGUCCGACCCAUCAGUUGCCGUCACAGCCGCCAAGCCUACCGCCCGGUGCGGUGACGAGAUCGAGACGCUCGAAGAAGCCAUCGACUUUCUCCUGCGCAUCAUGGCCGCCUCGAUCUCCUAUCUGACCCGCAAAGCCCCCCACGUGCAGACCAACCCUGCCAUCCCGCUUGUUUUGCUGAGCGCAACGGCAAGCCAGACACUUGUUGAUGAAGAGACGAUGGUCGAGAGCGCCGAUGAGCUGGUGCAGGAUCUGAUGAUGAAGGCAAAGCAGGUCGAGGCGUACAUUGGUGAUCUGCCAGAGUGGGCGAGCAGGGAUGGUCAGCAGCCAGCGCAGAUCGCUGAGCUCGAGGCGUUGCAAAGCGAAAUGCGUCAUGCGAACGAGGAAUACAGAGCAGCAGUACGGGAAGCAAGUGUCCUCCAACUACAAGUUUCGGAACUGCUCCAUCAAGUCUGCAAUGACCAACAGCACACAAGGGUUGCACUAGCCAAAGCGACUGGAGCACUAACACCGUGACCAUGCUGAGUCGAUAAUCUUCUUUUACGCACCUUUCACACUCGCCAAUCUAGCUGUCGGAACCUCGGCAUUUGCUCAUCGAGCUCCACUCAGAAACGCGCAAUCCUGCGUCUUGAAGUAUUUG